CCAAGGUCUUUGUCCUGACUAUGGGGGCCCAACCUCUAUCGGCCAAGAGCAGGCCCAGGUCUGCACCCCAGCACUGUCCCAGAGCCCAGCACAGGGCCCACCCAGCCAGCGACUGGGGGUGAUGGUUGAGCGGUUGAAUGGAGGAACCGCAGGUAGAAAGAGAAGGUGUGGGGUGCAGGGCCUUGGGGCCCUGGGUGACAGUGGUCCCACCCCAGCAGGCAGGAGGGUGGGGCGGGGCACAGUGGGUGGUGGCCCCUCCUGGUUUCCUCCUCCCGACUGCAGAAGCCAGACUCAGUGCACUGGGUGUGAGGCAACAUGGGCAGCAGGAGGAGAGGGGCCAGGAACAGGAGGGGCAGGGACGGCCCGGCCCCCACACAGUGUGUCCAGGCCCAGUGCUUUGACCCUCUGGUCCGAAACUGCGUGGCCUGCAAUCUCUUCCGGACGCCAGAACCGAGACCGGCCUCGCCUCCCUCCGACCCUUCCCCUCCCCCGCCGUCUCUUCCCUCCGCCCCCUGCCCUCCCUCUCCGUCCCUUCCCCCAGCAGCGGGGGCCAGCAGCAGCCUGGCGCCCGGGACGGCGCUGCAGCCGCAGGAGUCGGUGGGCCCGGGGGGCGCGGCGGAGGCCGAGGCGGCGCUGCCGCUGCCCGCGCUGCUCUUCGGCGCCCCCGCGCUGCUGGGCCUGGCGCUGGCCCUGGUCCUGGUGGGCCUGCUGGGCUGCCGGUGGCGGCGGCGGCUGCGCGCGGCGGCUCCCCGAGGGACCCCGGAGCCGCACCCCGGCGAGACCCUGGACCAUGUCACCACCCUCCCCCUGGGACCUCUUGAUGCCACCGCUCCCGUCUGGCCUCCAACCAGAGAAGACGCAGCCAACACCCCACCUGCCCACAGCGUCCCCGUGCCAGCCACAGAGCUGGGCUCCACUGAGUUGGUGACCACCAAGACAGCCGGCCCUGAGCAGCAGUAGCAACGGAGGGGGCAGGAGGUGGCCCCUGUGCUCCCAGUGGGCCGUCAGCCAGGGGCUUGGAGGUUGGAUUCGGCUCUUCACCCGCCCCCCCACCCCGUGCCCACCUGCCCCUUCUCUGGGAACCACGCUGCUCCCCUGCUAACCCCGCAGAGCCACAGACUACAGACCUCAGACGGCAGGCGUGGCGGCCCUACCACACCGUAGCAUUUGGCUUAAAACCAGACCAUCUUUGGCAGCCCUCGAAGGUUGUGGCCGAGCUCCCGUGCUUUUGAGUGGCUGGGGCACAUGGCGUAGGAGGUUUUUCUCUAAGCGCAGGGAAGCCACCAUCCACCAGAAUGAAUCUAGGAGAAGGAUCAGGUGGGAGGACGCUUAAUUUAUAGCUGGGUGAUGUAUCUCUUUAAUACGUGCUCUCCCAGCUGUCCUGCUUCUAACCAAUGCAAAUGGCAGCAAGGAGUAACCAGCCGACAGGUUUGCUUCAGGAUUUAAUACAGAAUGAUUCUGAUUGUAA